GUGAAUCUUGGUUACUUUUCUCCCCUCUUCCUGUGAGUGAAGGCAGCGUCUCCCGCCCUGACACUCGGUAAGGCGCACACCACGCCGCUCCUCUCCCUCAGGCCACGUAAGGCAGUCAGGUGAGGAAGGAGACGCCGAGAGCUGAGAGAUUUCGUUCGCCCCCAGGAAGAGGGCCUCGGUAUCACCAUGUGGCUGGUCUUCCUCCCCAUCGUGUUUAUUUACGGCUCGGUGGUCCUGACGUGGGUGUUCCGUCGAGUGCUGGGCCGCCGCCGCCACCCCCUCCCCGACCCCUCCAGCCACCCCCUGCAGGAGCUGUUCGAAUCCCGCCAGCAGGAAGUGUGCGAGCAGGAGGAGGAGAAGCAGAAGACGGAGUGAGGGAAAAGAGGGAUAGGAGAAGCAGAGGACGAAGUAAACAGGAGGAGGAGGAUACAUACUGUUAAAAGGAAGAGGAAAUCACUAGGGGAAGGAGUUAAGAAGAAGAUUGAAGAGGAUAAAAGAGAGAAGGAAGAAAACUGAAUAAAGUAAAAGGAAAGGACGAAGGGAAACAGAAAGAGUGAAGAAGAAGAGGGAGAGGAGGAGCUAAGGACUGAGUGAAGAGGAUAAGAAAGAAGAGAGAAUAAACGCACAAGGCAGAGGAAAGGAAGAGGGGAAAAAAAUAAGCGGGUGGGAAGAAAGGAAUAAAGGGAAAGAGAUAUAAAAAAUUAAAAAAAAACAAGAGAAAAAGGAAAAAAGAAUAAAAAAAGAGUUCAGAAGAGGAGAGAAGAAAGGAAGAGAAAAAGGAAAGAAGCUAAAGUCGAAGAAAAAAGAAAAAGAAAAGGAAGUAAGGAAGGAAAAGAAGAAUAAAAUAGAAGAUUGAGUGAGGAAGAAAGGAAGAGUUAAAAAAAAUAGAACAAGAACGAGAAAGAAAACAUAAAAGUGGAAGAAAAGAGAAAGAGGGAAAAACAGAAGGAAGAAAUAGUUGACAUCAUGACGCAAAGGGAGAGAGAUACACUGCUGGAGAAAUACAAUCUGUCGGUAGAACAGCUGGACUACACCUUCGUGAGUGAGUGUAGGGACGAAAAGGUGCUGGGGAGGAUCCUGAGGGUGCUGCGAUCGGGGGAGGAAGGCAUCUACCCACACUUUAUUGAGUACGUCGAGGAACAGCUGGCGAAGGUGAACCCUGAGAACCGCCUGCUGCUGCGCCCUCAGAGUGCCCUUCGUGUGCAGGACCUGUCCCGCAGCGAGUUAGCGUCAAUCGAGGCUGACCUGUCUGAGUGGGCGGCUGACCUGAAGAAGGAGAAAGAGGAAAAGAGGUCAGGAGGAGGAAAGGAAGAAGAGAAGAAAAAUGAAGAGGAGAGGGAAAAGGAAGAGAUUGAUUCUGAUGACGAUGAGAUAGAAGAGGAAGAGGAAGAGAAGGAAGAAGAAGAGGACGAGGAGGAAAAGGGAAGAGAAAGGACCCCUUCACCCCCCCUCCUUAUCCCAUCUGACCUCCCUUCUUUAGAUAAUAUUGAAAUGUCAGAAAGGUCAACGAACAUGACCAAAAGAGGUCAGAGGUCACGUCAACCACUAAGCAAGGUCAGGACAGAUAAAAAGUCACAUAGUUCACUAAUUAAGGACAUAACCGUAGAUCAUAAGGUCAAACUACCUGUAUCUUACCCUCUAAACAAGGUCAUGAGCGCCAGGAGGUCACCGGGAUCAUUUAUUGAGUUCGUAGAAGAUAAUGAAGGUCAGGGGUCAGUUAGGAGGUCACCGGGGUCACUUAUUGAGGUCCUUGAAGAUCACGAAGGUCAGGAGUCAUGUAAUAGGUUAACAGGGGUAAAUUUCAAGGUCACGGAAGGUCAGGGGUCACUUAGCAGGUCAGCGGGGUCAAAAGUCAAGGUUACGGAAGGUCAAGGAUUAGUUAGCAGGUCAAAAGAGGUAGAUAUCAAGGUCACAGGUCAGAAGUCAGUUGACAGGUCUGCAGGGGCAGAUUUCAAGGUCACAGUGGGUCAGGGGCCAUCUAGCAGGUCGGCAGAUUCAGAUUUUAAGGUGACAGGUCAGGGGUCAGUUAGCAGAUCAGUAGAGGCAGAGGUCAAAGUCAUGACAGGUAAGGAGGGUCAAGAAUCAGCUGUUAUCACUUAUAGGUCAUCCGGGUCAGUCAUCAAAGUGGGUCAGCAGGCAGAGGGAGCGUCCAGCAGGCAGGUAGCGGCUCUGCUGAGGGAGGCUGAGCGGCAGCAAGCGGAGGGCGACCUGCUGAGUGCCUCGCUGAGUUAUAAUAAGGUGCUGAGUUUGUGCCCGCAGCAAGUGGAGGCCCGGCGUGCCCUGUCCCACCUGCUGACCCGUGAGGAAUCCCCUGCCGAACCCCCUGCUGGACCCCCUCCCCCUUCUGCUGGUUCUGUUCCGUUAGUUCAGGAGGUGGAGUGAAAGCGUGUGUGUGUGUGUGUGUGUGUGUAUGAGAGAGAGAGAGAGAGAGAGAGAGAGAGAGAGACGUACGUAGCGGAUGACCCUUGCACAACAAACCAAACAGAACACUUGAUAUGCUGACCAUAUACUUACUUUUGUAUGUAUUCAGUUUACUGUAUGCUGAAUGUAUGCUUACUGAGUGCUGACCGUGCUGAGUGGUUCUCGUAACAUCGAAUUAGUGGAUAAGACAAAAAAAAAAAAUCUGAAUAAUUAAUGGACUUUUAACGGAUCGCUUAUUUUCUCAAUCCUUCCAUUGCGCACACACACACACACACACACACACACACACACACACGCAGCUGUAGUCGUAAAAAUUCAAGGGUCACAAGGUCAUGAGUAAAGAUAAAAAAAAAACAGCACAUGAACUAAUAUAUAAAAAAGCAACGUAGCAUUAUGAUCUCCGCUUGCAUCUUCUCUCGUAACAUAAAAUUAGUGAAUAAGGAAAAAAAUGAAUAAUUAAUUGAACUUUUAUCGGAUUUCGUAUUUUUCUUAAUCCUUCUAUUGCAAACACACACACACACACACACACACACUUGCAGCCAGUCAUAAAAUAGUGUUACAAGGUCAAGAAUAAAGAAAACCCCAGCACAUGAACUGAUAUAUAAAAACAAUAUUAGCGGAAGCAAAAAAUACAAUAAAAAGCAACUCUGCAUCAUCAUCUCCACUCGCAUCUUCCUUUCAAUUAAAUCAUCCUUCGUUUUCAUCUCUUAAACAACAACGUAUACGAAUAAAAAAGACGAAGUAUACAAAAGCUAACCUAGAAAUACCUCCAUACACAUUAGUAGGCGUAAAAGCACAGACAGACGCCGUAGUUCAUAAUAAUGCCACAAGAAACUAGAAAAAUCUCCACCUGCCAUCUGUCUGUCAGUGGGGUUGGCGUUCCUAUGGUUGCUAUCCCUCGCUUUUUCCUUCAUUUCCUCACGUAUCCUCGAAAUCUCACUCUGGAGGCAA